AUGAUCUCCCCUUCACCCUCAGCCGCUACUCCUCCUACCACUUCUCCCCAUCUUGGCCACACUCUUCCUCCUCAUUCACCCGCCGCCUCCGACUCCGCCCAAACUCCAGUUGACGAAGUUCGUCCCUGUCCUGUCUCUAAGCUGACCGACGACGACGAAAACGCCAGCCAUGGGUCCGCCAGCAUGCAUCUUCCGCCCCCAUUGAAGAUCAGAGACCGACUGAGGCACUUCAAUGGCAUGCUCGUAUUUUUUAUGCUAUAUAUGGCACUGUGUGCCUUCAACUACGGCUUUGAUGUUGGCACCUUUAGCGGUGUCCAAGGCAUGGACAGCUUUACUCGACGUUUUGGCGAAUACAAUGAACUCAAGAACAGAUUUUCCAUCCCCCCAUGGCUCCUUUCCAUCAUGACCGCCACUCCAUUCCUUGGGAAAGCCGUCGGAUGUAUCAUUUGUGGUCCCAUUGCCGAGAAAUGGGGUCGCAAGUUCGCCAUCUUCGGCCUUUGCAUCCUGUCAUUUAUUGGCGUCACCCUUCAAACCUCGGCCGCCUCCGCUGCCCAGUUCACCGUCGGUCGCAUUUUCACCUUUGCCAUGACUGGCAUGACCAUUGUGGUGGUCCCCAUCUUCCAAGCUGAAGCCUCGCCUCGUGUGCUUCGCGGCAUGUUUGGGUCUACAUUACAAGCCAUGGUUAUCUUUGGCCAAGUCGUUUCCACACUAGUCACAUACGGUACCGAGACGAUACAGACUGCUGCAGGCUGGCGUAUACCCAUCGGGCUUCAAUUCAUUGCCCCUUGUCUGCUCUGCGCAAUGCUCUACUUCUUACCUGAAUCUCCUCGCUGGCUGUUAAGUCACGGUCGGCGCGAAGAAGCCAUACAGAGCCUAGCCAAGUUCCGAAAGAGGACGACGGUCGAGGAAGUUGGCGUCGAGCUUAACGGCAUCGCCCUUUCUCAUCACCGAGAAAACCAGGGAACUUGGGCCGAAGUUUUCAACCAGGAAAACCGUCUGCGUACUGGCGUCGCGACCCUCGCUAUGUUUGGUCAGCAGAUUACCGGCCAGGCCUUUGCCUCGCAAUACGCCGUCGUCUUUUACCAGUCCCAAGGGUUUGGAGCUUCGGCCUUCCUUUUCAACGUCCUCAACAGCGUCAUUAGCUUGGUUGCUGUUAUGAUCACCUGGCUAUUUGUAGACUCGACUGGUCGCCGGCCUGUUCUUCUCGUCGGCGGUGCUUUUAUGUCCUUUUUCUUCUUCCUUCUUGGAGGCAUCGGCAGCAUGGACCCAGGCAAAAGAAGUGACGACAUGAAAAACCUCAUGGUUGCCUGUCUCAUGCUCUUCUACUUCUUCUACAACCUCUCAUGGGCGCCUGUCUCGUACAUUGUCGUGUCGGAAGUUGCGGCACAGCGUGUUCGAGAAAAGACGAACCUUUUCGCCUGCGUCAUCUCCGUCCUGACCACGUUUGUCACUUCCUAUACCAUUCCAUAUCUCAUCUCGGAUAAGGGCGCCAAUCUUGGCGCAAAGGUCGGUUACAUUUACGGCUCCACGAGUCUCAUCAUGAUCAUUGUUACGUACUUUUUCAUCCCUGAGCUCAAAGGACGCCAGCUGGAGGAAGUCGACCAGCUGUUUGCGAGUGGCUUGCCGCUUCGACGGUUUGGAAAAAUCCCCACGCGAAGCCCGCAAGAAGUGUAUCGCAUCGAACUGGAGCGACAGGGACAUCUGGAAGAAGAAGCCCGUCAGAUGCAAGAGAGGGCAGCGGCACAGUCUGGUGGUGACAGGAAUGAAAAAGAAUCAGGAAGUCACACGCGCACCGAGGCUGUCUGA